AUGGCACCCCGUGGAAGAAGACCACACAUACCCCCCUCUGAGAACAAUAUUGUACAAGAUGAUAAUUCAGAAGUACUCGCUGCUGCAGCAACACGUUUCUUUCAAAGGAUGGUCAAUGGUGAUAUGGUGGUAGGUAGAACCCCACAGAUAGGAUGCACAUUAGAACAGUUCUCCCGCCAGCACCCACCUACUUUCGACAGCAAAUCAAAUGCCAUGGAUGCAGAGAGCUGGAUUGAACAAUUGGAGCAGAUCUUCGAGGCACUUUAUUGCAUAGACGAUCAAAAGGUGACUUAUGCUGCUUUCAACUUAACAGAUGCGGCAAACAAGUGGUGGAAGUCAACACGAGCACUUUUGCAAAUGGAACUAGGAGAUGGAGUCCCUAUCACAUGGGAGUGUUUUAGGAAGAUAUUUUUGGAGCGUUUCUUUCCUCAAACUCUUUGCGAGUCUAGGGCCCGUCAGUUUGCAGAUCUUACCCAGGGAACAAUGACAGUAGACCAAUACGCUACCAAAUUCAUGGAAUUGUCUCAUUUCGCCAGUUACUUAAUUCCAAAUGAGGAAAAGAAAGCUGAAAAGUUUGAGCGCGAUCUAAAUCGCAGGAUUAGGGAGCGUGUACAUAUGCUCAGGAUUCGGAGUUUCACGGAACUGGUCACACGUGCUACCAUUGCUGAAGAAGACAUUCAAGAAAGUAUCGACUACAAUAAUCAAAGGAAGCGACAGCAGCAGCAGCAGCAGCAACUCCAACCAGCAUCACAUAUGGAUAAAAGGGCUUUUUAG